GACCACUUUGAGGAGAGGGACACAGAUUAGGUAUAAGUAUAUAGUAUAUGAGGGAAGGGGCGGUGGGGCAGGGUGGGGAAGGAAGGCCUGAGGCAGGGAAGAGCAGAGUGGUCAGUGUGUGGGUGUGUGUGCGGGCCUGUGAGGGUGACUGACAGGACAGGCUCCCCCGCCUCACCGCCGUGUGUGGCUGCGAGGCCUCAUGCCCGUCCUGCAGGGGAGGUAGCUGCGGGCGUGCCAGGUAGCAAGGGAAGCACAGGAUACUGAUCAGAAAAGCUUUUAGAUAUUUGCUAGCUUACUCCUUACCCUCUUCCGGGCAAGGACGAAGGGCUGGAUUGGAGUAACAGGGUACAUUUGAAUAUGGUAUGGCUUGACCUCACGACUCUAGAUAUGAAGUGACGGUACAGCCUCUUGUGGAAUGGGUGUUUUCUCCCCAUGAAUCUUUUUGUCACCAGAAAAUUGUAAUCAAGAUGAAUGUGGACGAAGUUGCGUGUUUCGUCGCUUGCGGUGUGGCGUGAGAGGUCACUGUGGGUUGUGUAGGGGUAUUGUUGUAAGUUUCGAGUCAGGCAGUCCUGGCUAUAUUCUGUCCUAUAUUAUCCUCCAUUUACAAAGCUGAAAAAAAUAUAAUAUGUUUAUUUCAUUUGGUUUAUAUUAACCGAUUAUUUGCACAACACAUAUGUAGUGUGUAACAUCGUCCCCGGCUUUGUUUGUUUUACGAACGCAUUAAUUGAAUAUGCAUUGACUGUAUUUUCAUUUCACACACGGUGCACUUCUUGGGCAUAACUGAGCUGGAAAGAGUACGAAAGAAAGGGAUCGAGGAGGAAUGGAACUAAAUAUGGAGCAUUCGUAUAUGGAAUAGCAAAGGGUAACAGAGCAGUGUAUCAGCAAGUAGUCGUCAUCACCCGUAGCACGUCAACGCCUGGGUCAUCACCAUAAUUACUUAAGUGGUCGCCAGUUGACGUCUGGGUCUCCUCACAUAUUUUUCUCUGUGCUCACUGCCACCCCGUCCCCACCUCCCCGUACGACGCGCAGGGCACACCUAAAUUAUCCUGUCGCAUCACCAUGCCGCAGCAUCUCUCACAGCGCAGGGUGGCGGGAGGCGGGGAAGGAGGAGGAGGGUGUCGUGAGGCGCCACCCCAGUGCACACAGACGAGGGGCGUCUCCAGGCGGCGUCAACAACUCAGUGGGAAGCAACUUAUUCAUUCCUCCCUCCUCAGAGACCAAUUACGCUCCCCUUCCUGUUCUUGUUCUUCCUCGUAUCCUUCGCCUUCCUCUGGCUCACCCUUGUUCUCGCUUUCCUCCUUCAUAUGUACUCCUCGUCCUUCGCCGGGUAUUGGGUUUCACGUCAUUCCCCCAAUCAACAUCCAGCCGCAGUUCGGUGGGAGGAGAUCACGCGGCUGCCUCGGGGUGGUGGUGGUGGUGGCGGCGGGGCCGGAGUGGCGCGGGAGGCAGUGGCAGUGAGCGUCUUCUUGUUCUUAGAGAAGGUGACGGUGAUCGCAAGUCAUUGUGUAAACACCUUACCGUUUAGAUUCUCGGUUAAGUGUUUUCAUGGGAGGAGUUUGUUUCUUGUUGGAGAGAAAACGGUUCAGGCAAUCGGUGUAUUAGUCAGUCGUUACCUGGAGUGCAUUUCGUCGUGUUUAGUGCAAGAGUUAUGACGCUUUUAUGAGUUUGUUACAGACGAAUGAAUGACAACCGCAAGGCAAACGACAGGUGUUGUUAAUUUUUAUGAGUAGGAGAUAUAAUGGAGGACUUCUGACCCUGAACUCUGACCUUGUGUAACGCAGUCGGCUUCUUGCGUAAUAAGAGACUGGCUGUAACAUUACGCGAGCGGCCGUGGUGCUGCAAAGAUAACUACAUUGACGGUGGCAGUGUGGCGUUUAUAAACAUGCAUAAAAGUUAAGCAUCUUUAUCAGCACAUCCCAAGAUAGACACAGAAGACAUCCACAGCACCUCAUCGCAUCGUGUCUCUCCUCCCCUCCGCCCCUCGUCAUGCGGCCACAUUCCUGCGUCAUUCAGCGCACUGCAAGCGAACACCGUCGGCCUUGUUAGCAGCUGUUCCUUGAGGAGCGAGGAGGGCGGAGGCCACCCCAGCGGCAAGAGCAGUCCCGGCGCUCACCACACUCACCGCCCUGUGCUCUCGGCGCUCGCCCUGCUGCAGCUCUCCAGCCAGCCACUAGCCAGCCACCAGACACACGCAGCCACUGUAGGACGGUCGUGACCUGCCGCCUGGCCCACAUGGCACUGAAAUCAGCGAAAUCUUCGCGGUCUUUGUUGUGUCAUGUUUACUGAUUCUUAAUUAUCGGCAUGGUUUUGAGAAGCUUUCGAGACCUUGACAAUGCCGGAAAGUAGAGGGGAAGGACAGUAUGAGUCCCCUCACGCCGCUCCUAACUACCAGACGAUUGGUUCAGAGGUGAAGAUGGCCCACUCCGGGGCCUGGGUCGGCUGUGAGGGUCCCGGGGACGCCGAGGCUCAGGUGGUCGGCCCUGCCCACGGGGAGGCUUCGUGGAUACGAACAUCAGAAGUGAGGAAACAAGGACAGUUUGUGACGGUGGUGGAAGUUGAGAAGGAUGGUGAGGAAACAGGCGACACCACGGGCCAUGCUUGGCGAGCCACGAGCCAGCCGGUUCCACGCCCCGCCCCCCGAGGUUUUGUCACGGUGGUGGCUGUGGGGACCAACACUGAUACUAGUCUUCACCUCGAUCACUCCAGCAACCUCGCUUUUGAAUCCAAUGUCAAGCUGCAUAUGGAACAUCCCGCCCCGCCAGACGCUGAUUACGUCAACCAGGAGACGAUUGACAGAGAAAGAAAAGCAGCCGAGGAGAUGGAGAAGGAAACACCCAGCGCCUCGAGUGUGCCAGACCAGGUGGUGGUGUACCGGCUUCCUGGGGAGCGACUUGGACUCGGGCUCAAGUUUGACGGCGGGGUGGGAGCCCAGGAGUGUGUGCGGCGCCUCUUCAUUCAGAGUGUGGCUCCUGAUUCGCCUGCCGCACGAGCUGCUGUGCCUUGGGGUGAACUGAAUCCCGGUGACCAGAUAUUGAACAUUGAGGGUUGUGCUGUGUCCUCCAUGACGAGAGUGCAGUGUGUAUCUUUCCUGAAGGAUGCAGCAAUGAAAAUUACAAUCGGUGUGCUUAAAGGGAAUGGACAACUGCCAGACUUGGACACUUGUACUGCAAAAAGUCAGGAAUACUGCAAAGAGGAACAGGAAGCAUACAAUAACGGUUCAGCACACCCGCCGCCUUUAAUUGUUGGGGAGAUGAGGAAACGGAUGCCUCCCCCGCCCCUGCCACCUAGAGCACGACCCAGAAAGUCCCCGGCUCGUCCACCAAAGGAUCCUCUGCCUCCACCACCAAGUGGCUUUCAGGAUUAUGAGGAUGAAUUGCCUUCCCCCAAGCUGGCGGGCCGGAGUCGCUCUGAGGACAAGGAUCACCCCGAGUGGCGCGAGUUGCUCUCACGCCGCGGCCGCUCUGGUGACCUUGAGGAGCUACUGGAGGACCUCGAGUUUCACCUUCCUAGCUCUUGGGCUGCCAAGAGACUGGAGGAGUCAGUAGAGAGAGGUCUUCCUCCUCGCCCGACCUUCUAUCUGGAUCUUUUGGGAGAGGAAGACGCCGCCGGGCCGUGUGAGAGUGAGAGUGAUGAGACAAGUAGCUCUGUGUCCACUGUGAUAGACCGCCUGUCACUCUCCUCUUCUACUACUGUGUCUCGGAAUUCUUCUUUCAACGCCACUGCUGACGCUGCGAGGUUCGACCUGGCCCGUGCUCUGAGCCCAUUUGAACAGUUGGAAAAGGAGCUUGAGACGGAGGUCAGUGCUGAGGCACAGCCUGCCACCCCCGCCGCUGCUCCUCGCGACGAAGUAGCCACGGCGCCCCCAGUAGACCGCUCCACCAAACCGGUAACAGAAGCUUCUGUAGAAUCGCCGUCAGUGGUCGAGACAGAGCAAACUACAGCCACGGAGAAAACUCAGACUCCUAAAACCAAAACACGAUCGUCCAUCAAGUCUUUCGCGUUGAGCCUCAAGGGACGGCCAUUUUCAUGGCAGCAGGGAAAGAAUGCAUCCGAGAGAGCCGAACGUGGGGGCGGCAAUCGAGGAGAGAGUUUCCUGUCAAUCAAAAGGCCUGGAAAACGACCUGCACCUCCGCCGCCGCCGCCUCCUCGCUCUGUUGCCGGAGGGAUAAGCCACGCCAUCUCCUUACCGUGCACCACUUCCGCCACCACCACCACCGCCGGCGUGAAGGAAACUAUUAUAUCUACAGAUAGUAACGGAAAUGUGCCAGGAAAUGAUGACAGCUACAUCGAUUUGGUCGCAGAAGCUGCUGAAGAAGGCAACAUGAAUAAAUCGCUGAGCUUGAAGAGGAACAAACUAGAGAGACAAACCGCUAUUGAUCUUGCGACGGAGGAUGAAUCCAGUGAUUUGUCACUCUUCCCCCAGAAUGAAGUGUCUAAAACCGAGCCUGAAUAUCUCGUGCUUCUGGACUCCCCAUCUAGUGCUAAAGGACCCGACGAUGCUCAUGAUGAAAGAUCUUGUGCGAAAGACGAUAAACAAGAGAAAGACGAAUGUAAUAAAGAACAAGAUUUUAAGGACCUUUCAGAACAAUUAGAGUCAUCAGCGAGUUCUGACGGAUCUCAGACGAGGCUACUUAAACAAAUUACCGUCAGCCAGGCAUCACCUGAUAAUGAUACAACUUCAGCGAUAAGCAAGAAGGUUAAUGUUUCCGCUCAUGAAGAGGAUCACGUUCUUACCAUUUCUUCUAACUAUAUAGAAACGUGUGCAGAGGUGCAUCACUCUCAGGAAGGUCCCUCGACAGCGAUAAACAAAGAGGAAGGCAGCAUGCCAUCUCUUUCAACGCUAAGUGUUUCCCAUCAGGAGACAAAGGGACAACGCGGCGAGGAGACUGUGGCCGGCGGGGACGUGGAAGCUAGCACAGAACAAGACGCUCACGGUGAGGUCGAGGGUAACAUUAAGUUUUAUGACAGUGGAUUCCGUGAAGGAAAUGAAGGUGAAGAAAGGUGUGAUAAUGUUAAACUUGACAACACGGCAUCUCUUGAAGAUGAUAAUCAUAAUAAAGGAGCUGAUGAUCUGUGUGAAGAAAUGGACGUUAGUACUGACUCAUAUGACACAUUGAGUGCUACUGAUGUUGCUGUAAAACACACACCAGUCACUGAAAAUUAUACUGACGGAAACAGAAACGUUGUACAAGUCAACGAUAACAAAGAGAGUGAUGAAUAUGUGAGAUUAAGUGUAACAAAAACUGACUACGUAUUAGUUAGUGAAAAUACUAAAGAAGAGACUGGAGGGAACAGUGGUGAUGUAAAUAUGAACACCAUUGAGGAGAGCAGUGGUAACGAUGACCGUACAGCAGAAGGGACCAAAAUAAACAGCAGUACGAUUGAAUACAGUACAGUGUCUGAGAGUAGCAGGGUGGAGAUCGGCACGCACUACGAGGAUGAGGAACAUUUAGAAAGAGAGGCAGUAGACGGCAGCUUGGAAGAGACAGAGGAAGAUCAGAACAUCUACGAAGAAAUUGAUGAGACGCCUUGCACAGAGGACCAGGAUCAAGACCUAGAUGGCUACUACUCCUGCUCCUCUCGGAAACAUUCCACAGAACACUCCCCACGAGACCUUCCUGGUAAUAUCACGAUGAAGGAGGACCCUGAACUGUAUGACGACGUGGCGGGGCUCCCUGACCAAUCCGGGAGUGAGUCUCAGGAUUCGAGUGACCUGCAGGGCCUCAAGUUGAGCGGGCCUGAAGAGGAGGGUGGCGAGCAGGACACUAUAGAUGAAGACUCCGAAUCCUUGUAUGACGAUGUUGUGGAGGAUCACGUGGAGGGGAUGGAAGAGAGAGGUAGUGAGAAUGUAUAUGAAAAUCUGGAAGAAAGUGAAGUGGUGGAGGACAACGUGGAUCAAAGUGUAGUAAGUGGUGAGGAAAAGAAAAGCCUGGACACAAGGGACAGUGGAGGGUCGUGCAGUGUGAAGACGGUGACGGAGUGUGUAAGGCACAGGCGGCUGAGGCAGGACAUCGGGGACCUGAUCCGCCGCGAGAUGAAUUUGGACGACAACGUGACGGUGGAGGUGGAGGAGGAGGAGGAGGUGGAGUCCACGGUGGAAUGUGAGAACGAGGAGGAGUUGCUGCUGGUGAUGAGGGCGCUGCGCAGUGAUCAACCCGGCGACAGCCUCAGGUGGCUGGAGGACGAUAGUGACGAGGACGACAAUGCAGGUGCCGCGGACGGAGACAAGGAAGGUAAGGAGGAAGGCGAGAGCGAAAAGGAAGAGAGAGGUCAGGACCCCGCCAGGGAGUGCGGGUGACCCCCAGCCAACGCAACCUCCCCCUAGAGGUCAGAGUGCUGGGGAGGACACGGGGGUGGUGGCGGCGCGUGCCCUGAGCGACCCCCAGGGAAGGAAGGAGUGCCCCCGCUCCCCCCCAUCCUCUCCGCCUCCCCUCCUCGCUGCUGCCCAGAGCCCAGUCCUCCCCUGCCACCACCGCCGCCGCCCUCCACAGUCUUGCACGGGGCACUAGCCGUCACCCACACCACACCGCCCCGCACCACCGCUCGCCGCCGCUCGCCCUCCCACGCCUCACCAACCCCUUGCGUUGCCAGCAUAGACGCUCCUGUUGGUGACGGGUUUUGUGUCAGGGCGGCGGACAAGGCCAGGACUAACGUUCUUGCUCGCAUUGAAGAGACCGAAGUGGACGACUCCACGUGUGAGGACGAGAGUCUAGUGGUUUUUGAAACUUUUGAAGCCAUAAAAAGUGCCAAACUCAAGGAUAGUACUUUGCCUGAACCACGUGCCCCGAGUGUGGAUGCUGUGCGGGACCGUGCGGGUCUGACACGCACUGGUACUCAUCACACGAGCACUGUCGCGACCAUGGUGGCGCGAACAGAUACAAACCAGGGAGGGAAGGUCGCGUCUUGUCCCGACGACGUCCAGUCUCUUUCCCUUCUGCCAAUGCAAGGCAAAACAGGAGGUGGACGCUGCCCCUCCUGCCCGCCGUCUCUGCUGCUGUCGCCGCUCCGUUACACUUGGCCACGCAAGACUUGGAUGGAGCCACAAGUGCCCCAUCGUCAGGAGACGCUGCCAGUGAUGGUCCCUCGACACCUUCCACGUUCUGCAGUGAUGGAGAAGACCAGGAAGAGUUAGAGGGCGAAGAAAGAAGCAGCGAAAAUACACCGGAGCCCCCGGACUUCUCGACACACCCCGAGCUGACAGGUAAAUAAGUCAUUCUCUUUGUUUCACAUCAGUGACGGAACAGAUCAUGCCACUCUCAUUGUGUGACCUAUAAUUCGUGUGGGGUGUAUUAUAGGGAGCCUGAUCGUAAUGAUAACUGAACCACAUCAAAGUAGUGGUUACGACAUUCCAAAUUAUUUUUGGUUGGCUGGCUCUUGGCUUCUGUACGUUAGUAGAGCCUGAUGAGGACCUCCCAGGCUGCUCAUUCGUCAGGGUGGCCAUCAUGUGACGCUAAUGACACGUGUGUGCGGUAGUCAUCGCUGUGACGGAGCGGAACGACAAUCUCGGUGGGGUGGGAGGGGCUGUGCUUGAGAUGGGUGGCCGAGGCAAUGUGCUGGGACUGCCUGGCGACCGUUGAUGACGCUUCCUAUGCCUCGCCCACUCAGGCAGGUGUACGCAUACGCAAAGCACCCACAGCGGAAUCUGACGUGAUUGGUGCUGACGUAAGGAACAAGAGUGCAGCGGGUGUUAGCGUAGGGGUGAUGGAGGGGCCAGGGACAUGUGGUAGUGAGGUAGUGCGGCAGGUGUAAUCGCGGUGCUUGCCAGUGCAAAGCUGAUUCGCUGAAAACCUAAAGUUAAGAAGUGGCUAAAACGUUGACAAUUCCAUCACGUAGCUUAUCCAGCAAUAUAUCUGGGUUGUGAUGAGGAGAUGUCAGGCGUGGGACGUGAGGAGAGGUCGAUUAUUAUUUUGUCGGUUACAUGUCAGGAGCAUCGUCGGCGUGUAAUGGCGAAGCGAGUCUUUCUCUUCCAAGAACUACACCAGUCUUUUCGGUGUCUGGGAAGAUGAAAUGUGGCGCCCACCCUGAAGAAAGUAAACUUUUGAGCACCUGCCCAUUCGAUGAUAAUGUUUACUCGGAAAACAACUUAACAAGGUAGAAUUCCAUAAUCAAGGAAAGAAAGAAACACACUUAUGCAACAACAAUAUUGGGUGAACAUGUACUUACAAACAGUAAUUAUACUUUUAUUUUUCGGAGUGCAGGAGUGCAGGAAACAACCACUGAAGGAUACCCAGUC